UAAGACACAGGUGGGGCAGGUGUGAAGUGUCAGAGUGUGACACAGUCCGUGAUGUGAUCAUGUCCGUGUCGACCGUCUCUCAUGCGGACGGAGCAGCGGAUCCUCGGCUCUGAUUGGUCAGCGGAGCUCCCGCACGGAGCGCCGGGCUCUCCGCCUGUCAGUGCUGCUGCUCUUCCUCACAUGCCCAUGGACACCGCGGGGCGCACGGUGCCCUCCUCCUCCUCUCGCACCUGAAUUCAUUCUCUGAAAUCUGGUCGCACCAUGGACGCUACUAUUUACGAGAUCAUUUUUGGAGAGCUCGGGGACGUGAAUUGUAGUUUGGUGGAGGCUUUCCAGGACACUUUGGAAAACGCUUCAGUGUCGUUGCUGAGCGCUGACGGUUUAUAUUGCAAUGCCACCACGGAUGAGAUUGGAACCUGCUGGCCACGGAGCAGCAGCGGCAGGAUGGUGGAGAGACCCUGCCCGGAGUACAUCAAUGGAGUGAAGUACAACACAACCAGGAGCGCUUACAGAGAAUGCAUGGACAAUGGGACAUGGGCGUUGAAGAGCAAUUACUCCAAUUGUGAACCCAUUCUGGAGGAGAAGAGGAAAUAUCCAAUGCAUUAUAAAAUAGCGCUGAUCAUCAACUACCUAGGCCACUGUAUCUCUGUGGGAGCCCUUGUCGUGGCCUUCAUUCUCUUCUUGUGCUUAAGGAGCAUACGAUGUCUACGAAACAUCAUCCACUGGAAUCUGAUCACCACCUUCAUACUGAGGAAUGUUAUGUGGUUUUUGCUUCAGCUGAUUGACCACAAUAUCCAUGAGAGCAAUGAGCCGUGGUGUCGAUUAAUUACGACAAUAUACAACUACUUUGUGGUGACAAACUUUUUCUGGAUGUUUGUUGAAGGGUGCUACCUUCACACAGCCAUCGUAAUGACUUAUUCAACUGAUAAGUUGAGAAAGUGGGUCUUCCUUUUCAUCGGCUGGUGUAUUCCAUGUCCUAUAAUCGUGGCCUGGGCCAUUGGAAAGCUGUAUUAUGAAAAUGAACAAUGUUGGUUUGGUAAAGAGCCUGGGAAAUAUAUGGACUACAUUUACCAGGGUCCAGUUAUUCUUGUGCUUCUGAUAAACUUUGUUUUCCUCUUCAACAUAGUAAGAAUUCUGAUGACCAAACUAAGAGCUUCAACCACGUCAGAAACGAUACAGUACAGAAAAGCCGUGAAAGCAACACUAGUCCUGCUACCUCUGCUGGGCAUCACCUACAUGCUCUUCUUUGUUAAUCCGGGGGAGGAUGACAUCUCACAAAUUGUGUUCAUCUAUUUCAACUCCUUUUUACAGUCUUUUCAGGGGUUCUUUGUGUCAGUGUUUUACUGCUUUCUAAAUGGAGAGGUCCGUUCAGCAGUAAGGAAACGGUGGCACCGCUGGCAGGACAACCACGCCCUUCGAGUACGAGUGGCACGAGCCAUGUCCAUCCCCACGUCUCCCACCAGGAUCAGCUUUCACAGCAUCAAACAGACCACAGCUGUGUGAUGGAGGGAGCAGACACAUAAUCUCAACUGCAGCAUCUAUUGGGAGCAGACUUAUAACUUGCAUCCACUACGGACUAUGAAAUGAUUUGCAGAACUGACUAAUUCCUCUAACACGGCCACCAUAUGUCCAGUGUGGCUGAAGAGCCCACAAGAUCUAUUUUACCUGAUGGCAAAGUCUAUUUUAAGUGCACAUGAACAUAAGGUCGUAAGAGGAUUCAUUUUGUUAUAAUGUACUAUACAUGGCCCACAGGAUUGGGGAUUUUCUGACAAGCGACUAUAAAAUGCUAUCAUCUUCAUCAUCAUCGUAUCGCGUCUUUUGAUGUUCUUAUCACUACCAUCUUAUUGCUCAUUAGCGGAGAAAGAUAAUUCCACGGGCAGCCCACUUGUACGAGCAAGCUCUCCACUGUUUCUUAGAGGCAGGGCCAAGAGAGAUACUUGAAAUUUGACUAACCAUGAUGCAUUCACAUGUUGCCAAAUGGCCAUUUGUAUUUCAAAAUUUUAAAAAAAGCUCCUCGACAUCAACAGCUUCUUUACUCAGACAGGAAAGAGGCUUUCGGGAAGAAGAUGUUUCAUCUGAAUUAAAUGUCAAGAAACUGUACUGAAAAGAACAUAUUCUGUCAGCGCUCUUUGUAGUGAUAAGGGACUUAAAAUUGAUUGUCAAGUAAACAACUGGUAUUCAUGAAAACACAAUCCUAAUGCAUAUGUCGUGGUCACUGUGAGCUGUGGCUAUUUUAAAUGAACAAGCAAGGAGCCUUUAUAUUCUCCUCAAAGGGUCUGAGUCCUUUUUCUGUCAGUCUGUGAUCUUUUAUGCAACACUGAUUCUUUUGAUCUUGUACUGUAUGGUGGUAAACAUUGUUAAAAUACUUGGUUACAAGCUAACCUCUGUUCUGGCUAUUUGAUCUCACCAUUUAUUUUUACACCCCCUUUGUCCGACUAUUCUCUCUUCUGGGAAGGACGGUGUCAACACGAGGAGCUGAUGUGUUGUCUGUUUGAACUUCUCUUGUAGAUGAGCACAGAUAAGAUUAUAUGUAUCAUUGUAUGGACUGACAGCAAUUCAGAGACAUUUACGGUAUGUGACGUAUACAUAUGUUAAGCGCAAUGCAGGGAUUUAUUGUACAGGCGCAGAUUACACUCUUUUUGGCUUUAUGAAAUCCUUCGGGCUUUCUCGUAAUCGGUGUCACAACUAAGCUUCUGGUUCUAAACGAGAGAAGCUUGAUGAAGUGAGAACCAAUUGCUUCCCUGAACACUUGCCCUUGUCAGGCCAACAUAUACAGGCCACUUGUAAUGCCAGCUCUUACGUCUCCUUGGGCUGCUCACGCAACCAUAAUGGACACAACCAUGCAUCUGAUUUGGCAAGUCCUCAAAAUAGUUUUUUCUCCUGAAGGGUAAAAGAUGGAGAUGAAAAUUUUGCUUUAAAAAAAGAUUAUGAACAAUAGAGCAAGUAUUAAUUACACUGCAAACCCUUGUAUCUCCACACAAUUAAAGAGGAGUUUUGUUUUUCCAGAUUACAUGAUGAAGAAUGUUAAAAGAUCUGUUUGACAUUUUGGGAAAUACUCUUAUUGGCUUGCAGAGAUGGAGAGUGAAGUAAAUGUCAUUCUUAUGUCUGUUUGGGUUUUUUUUUUUAGUGUUUGUUUUUAUGUAUAGGUUGAACAAAACAUUCCACUUCUACAGAUUGCUGUAAGUGAGCAGCAGUGGAGUAGCAGCUUCUCUCUGCCUCUAGUUAUAUGCUAUUUAAGCACAUUACCCAAAAUACCAAACUAGUCUUGAAAUGAAUAUUGUUGCAAUGACUUUGUUAUGUAUUUAUUCAUGUGUCAUUAUUUAUUUAUAUGCAGAUUUACUUUGGAAAAAAAUGUCUUUUAAAGACUGUGAAUAAAUGUGUUUGAGGGUGUUGUACAGAACAGAAAAUAUUUCAUCUCUUGAUGUAAAAUUUAAUUUUCAUAUUUGUAUUUUGUAAACUUUUGUUACAUUACAGCAGACAUUUUUUUUUUAUGUGCUGCUUGGCUGGGCCGACGGGGGUCGGUGCAUUAAAUAUUAAUCACAAAGCGACUUUGAUGUAAAUAUUUUACCUGCAUUUCUGCAGCAUCACAACUUGUGCAGCUGUAACAUAGCACAUCCAUCCAUAAAAUCAUGGCACAAAAAUGCAAGAGUUUUAAAUUCUAUUAUAGUUGUGAAAUAUUUCCAUAUUGAAAUUUUAAAAAAAAAACGUAUUCAAUUCACCAAAGAGACCAAUUAUGUUUACCAACAUACAGAUUUUAUAUUGUCUACUUAUUUCUAUAGUUGCCACUGGACAUUAUUGAUCAAAUCUUGUUGACUUUAUUUUGUACAUCAUUUGCUAAUUUACUGUACAUGACGUGUAUUCAACACAGUUUGAUGUCAGACCUACUAAUUUUAUGGAAACCACCCAUGUUGCCUUACAAACAAAAGGAAAUAGAUUUUUUUGUGGGGGAAAAAAAGCUCUUGUCUCUACAAAUGAAGCUUCAUUGUGUUACUGACAUGACUUGUACAUGUACGUGUGAAAGAAAAGCAUUAAUUUGAAUUAAAGUUGUGCUCUUGUU